AUGCCUCAGCUCGUACAGCGCCCAAACGAGACGCUGGAGCAGGCCACGAAGUCUCUCCUACGUGAUGACGUCGACAACUUUUUUAUCCGCUGCAAAUGCUUCUAUGCCGUAUCCGCUACGACUUUUCCGAAGCACAAGGAGAUGAAACAGCUGGACGAAGUGGAGCCAAGUAAGAUCGUACAGAGCCUAUUGCAGUCUGCGAGUCACAGGCUCGUCAACUUGGAACUGACCGAUUCAACAGACACACGUGGCGAGAGAAUCGAAAAGGGCGACUUCAUGGGUUUGCUUCAAUGGUUCCAGGUUCUGAAGAAGAUUCGCCUCGAUUGUAGGAUGUUCGGAUAUGGUCCAAGAAAUUCAGAGGCACAUCGAAUGAUAAAUGUGCUGCCGGUCUCCGUAGAAUCAGUGACAUUGACUGGGAUCGUGUUAAGUAAGAAAAACAGUGACUCAACGGGUGGAGUGUUUAGCAAAGCAAAAGGCGAAUAA